UAAAUUCCACCAUCCCCAGCCCUCAUUUCUGAAACAGCCGUCAUGAAGCCAGCAGUGGCCCUCGUGGCCUUCGUGGCUCUCUCUCUCCUUCAUGUCUGCUCUUCCGUCCCUCUAAGACGCCCGACCAACUGGCUCAGACAAUGUCGCGCCUCCACCAACCUCUCAGUCACAGCUCUGGAGGUGCUGCCAGGCGGAGGCUGGGACAACCUCCGGAACAUGGACAUGGGUCGAGUCAUGAACAUCAGCUACUUGGAGUGCCAGACCACUGAGGAUGGGCUCUACCUCAUCCCAGAUGAAGUGUUUGUCAUCCCGCACAAGGAGACGGGCGUGGAGACCAACUCUGAGAUCAUAAAUUCAUGGUUGGAGCAGAAAAGCUCGACGUCUCACAGCGUGAAUGUGGACGUCUCCUUCCUCCCGAAGAUAAAUGGGAAAUUUUCUACUGAGAACAAGAGGAUGAAAACUCAUCAGGUCCAAGAUUCUUCAGCUACAGCUAGAGUGCAGGUUCGCAACUUCAUCUACACAGUUAAGGCUUAUCCAGACUUCACUCUGGAUUCACGCUUUGCUCAGCAAGCCAAAGAAAUAGCUGAUGCAAUUGAAAACAACCAGACGAGGAACGCAGACUAUCUCUCGGAGAAGAUGGUGCUGGACUAUGGAACUCAUGUCCUGACGAGUGUGGAUGCCGGGGCUGCUCUGGUGCAGGAAGACUACCUCACUUCAUCAUAUGUGUUGAACAGUGAGUCACAGACUUUCUCUGUCAAAACACUGGCUGGCUUUAACUUUUUUGACAAACUCAAGUUUGAAAUAAGCAGUCAAAGUAGCCAACAGAGCUCAUUGCUUCAGAAAUAUCAGUCCAACAUUCAGUACUCCCUCAUUCAAAGCCAUGGUGGCAUACCUUUCUAUCCUGGCAUCACACUGCAGAAGUGGCAGGAAAGUACCAGAAACAACCUGGUUGCUAUUGACCGUUCAGGAUUUCCCCUUCACUACAUUCUAAACACCAACACCCUGCCUGGUCUGCCACAGCCUACCAUCAACAAACUGGCUCUCAGAGUGAGUCAGGCCAUAGAGCGCUACUAUCAAGUCAACACUCGCCCCGGGUGUGUUGACAUCAACUCCCAGAACUUUAAUUUCCAGGCCAACAUUGAUGAUAGUUCCUGUACUGGGCCUGCUACAAACCUGAGUUUUGGUGGUGUCUACCAAGAGUGUGUUCAGCUCAGCCCAGAUGCAGGUCCACUUUGUGAUACCCUGACCCAGAAAAACCCAGAUACAGGCGACUUCUCCUGCCGUUCACCUUACUUGCCGACUUUACUGAGAUCAGAAACAAAACAGCAGAGUUACACUUCAUAUGACUGCUAUGAGGAAAAGCAUCAUUGUGGAUUGUUUGGAUGGAGAACUUGUCGCAGACAAGUGUGUCGGGACAACAACCAUGUUCGCUCUGCUCGCAUCAACACCUACUGGUGCUCUGUAAAUGGAAAAGCCCCAGAGAACUCAGGGUAUCUCUUUGGAGGCAUGUACAGCCCCUCUGUCCUGAACCCCCUGACC